AUGGAAAUCGCUGAUUGCUGGUUGUUUGGUCAAAUUCCAAUUUGGCUGAUGUCACUAACAAACCUUGAGCUUAUCGACCUCUCCGAGAAUAACAUCAAUGGCAAAAUUCCUGGAUGGUUACAAUAUCUUCCAAAUCUUUUUUAUCUCGAUUUAGGUGACAAUUUACUCUCAGGAGGUUUGCCUGUAGAGCUUACAAGACUUCCAGCACUUGCAUCACAUCAAGUUCUGGAUCAAGUAAAAAAUGAUAACUUUGAAUUACCUGUGUUCCUUGUACCACUAAAUGCUUCCAAUUGGCAGUAUAAUUGUCCAGCCUCCUUCCGCCCUACGCUGAACCUUUCUUACAAUAACCUAAGUGGAGACAUACCAGUUGAGAUCGGCAAUAUGAAGUCUAUUCAAGUUCUUGAUCUGAGUAAUAACUAUUUCUCUGGCACCAUUCCGAGUUCAAUUUCAAACCUCACAAAUCUGGAAAUAUUAGAGCUCUCUCACAAUCUUUUAUCUGGUGAGAUCCCAACGUCCCUUACAAUCUUGAACUUUUUGUCUGAUUUCAAUGUUUCAUACAACAAUCUGCAAGGUUCAGUAAAGAAAAUGGCCGGUGAUAAGAAAACGGAAGAAGGUAAUACGAUUGUACCCGUAAGUAGCCAAGGUAGCAGUAGCAUAUCGUUGCAAUGUCCGAAAUUGACGGACACAAAUUACACUUCGUGGGCGAUUUUGGUCGAAACAAUCCUACGGGCAAACGGUCUUUGGGAAGCGAUAGAUCCGGUCACUGGAGCUACUGUGGAAGACAAGAAAAAUUACACAACUAAAGCCAUAAUUUUUCAGUCUUUACCGGAGGAUGUUUUGCUUCUGGUCGCAAAACACAAGUAUGCAAAGGACGUGUGGGAUUCAAUCAAGGUUCGUUAUCUAGGGGCUGAUAGAGUUCAGAAAGCUCGGCUAUCAAUUUUAAGAAGCGAUUUGGAAAAGCUGAAAAUGAAGGAGAGUGAGACACUAGACGAGUAUGCGGGAAAGAUAAGCGGGAUUGAAGCGAAGUUCAAGAACUUAGGAUCGACUCUUGAAGACGCAACUAUGGUAAGAAAGUUGUUAAAUUCCGUUCCUAGGAAAUAUAUGCAGAUCGUGGCGUCUAUUGAGCAGUACUCGGAUGUCGAUACGAUGCCGUUUGAAGAGGCGGUCGGGCGAUUGAAGACGUACGAAGAAAGGCUUAAAUCCCAUGAUGACGAAGAAAAUGAUCAAGGCCAAUUAUUGCUUACAAAGGAAGAUUGGGAGGAAAGAACUAGGCGGGGUGAUUUUGAUCAACCCGGACAAGGACGUGGUCGUGGUCAAGGUAGAGGUCGCGGUUAUGGUAGAGGUCGAGGUGGUCGGUUCCAAAGCAAUGAAGACCGAAAGGAUCAAGGUUGGUAUAGAGACAAGCGAAACAUCAAAUGUUAUAAUUGUCAAGAAUACGGACAUUAUGCGAGCGAGUGUCCUAAGAAGGAAACAAAAGAAGAAGAAGCGAAUUUGAUUCGAGACGAAGAUGAACCGACAUUGCUUUGA